CAGGGGAUGGUGCUGGUGUUGUGGAAAGGGUUGGUGGUGGUGUUGUGGUGGUGGUAGUGGGGCGUGCUGAUGACGCGUCACCACUGCCGACCCGUCUUCACGUACGAGCGCGGCUGUAAUCAGCCAGCGCGCUGUCGGGGACCCACGCCGCCAGACGUAGUUCAGCCAACCCUCCGCCGCAGUAGAUGCACGACGCUAACCCCACGCUGGUGCCAACUCUCUCCUCCUCACCCCCAACCCCCUUACACGUUACUAGGCUGAGGGGAGGGGCAGAUCACUGGUACGUGUCUCGCUGUGCACAUGGCGUGACUCACGCGCACCGGGCGCGAAGAAGACUCGCCAGCAGGACACUUUUUAUGUAACGUCGGCUCGCGUGUGUAACGUUCCAGCUACGUGCACGCUUUGCCAAGCAGCCGAGCUGCAAGUUCGAGGGAUCUUUUGAUUGCAGACGACAGCUGGGGAUUGAAUAAGCACGAUCGUGCACACGAACCUUCGCGCGAGUUCACCUUUGACCAGAUUUGACAAGUGCUUUGACUUUUGAAUCUCCGCAUUCAACGGGUUGUAUAUAUGUGUAAGUCAAGUUCCCGGACCAGGAUCAGUCUUCGUGUGUGAGAAAUCGUCGAGCGCUGGUGAACUUCAUCGGGAGUGUCUGAGAGACAGCUGACGCAUUCACCCGAACGAAGACUACACCUCAUUGUUCUCUUGAUUUGUAAAGUGCUCGCCAAGCUUCAUCCCCCGUGUAAACCGGAUGUCGCUUAACGAGUUUCAAAGAAGCGGGUUUGACCAAAGGUAAAGCAUGUUAGAUGAAUCACCGUGCUGUAAACAACUGACACGGAAAAUAAGGCCUUUUAUUUAUAUACACUGCCAGCCCACAGGUGAGAAGGCAAGGAGCUGCACCUCUUGAUAGUCAGAGCACUCAGCACUGUAACAACCUCCCUUCGCAACAAAGGAUCGCCGUCCGUUGAGUCUCUUACUACGUCUUGCUACGUCUCUGUGUACGGUCACCGGAACAGGUGUGCGUCACGUGAAAAGUGCAACACACAGGUCUCGCUUGAAUCAACUGCGCACCGAGUUUCCUACAAACCAGCUGAUGAAUGGCACAACUGUGCAGCUUGUUCCGGACAACAUCUCAUCUCAACAAAGGGGAAGCAGAUCCUGUGGAGCUUGAGCUCGUUUAAGUUGUGAUGAUCGUAAAAUUCAAGUGAAAGGAUUUUUUUCACGUUUUGUUUUCACCCACCAGGACCUGCGGCCGCCUAAAGACUUGUCAACAACAGAGAUUUAGACACCCGUGCUAUGACAGAUUGGGGUACGAGGUUGGCGGUGUGACUGACCCUCGCCAAGUGUUAUUGGGGAACGUCGCAGGUGUCGGGGCUGGUGCUGCCCCUUCUGGCGUAUUUGACUGACUGCCAGUGGUGUCUGUCCCUAUGUCCUAACGUAGUGAUGUCACUGUACACAACUGGUACACAGCCCGCCUGACAGAGAAAGGGGUCAGGUCGCGUACCUUAGUGGUAAAACGACCCCAACGACACGGCAGCACAGUGUUGGAUAACAGGACGUAACAAAGAACCGCCGACCCUGGAGAGCUGCAUUUACGACAGUCCCCUUCGGCGGUGUGCAGAGGUCAUCACCACUCGAGAUCACGAUGACAAGAAGUUGGUUGGAGGUACUAGCAGGUAUGCCAAGACUGACCGCGACAACGCCGUAGCAAUGGACGCGAGGGUGGCCGCCGUGCUGGCCAAGGAUGUCGGGUGUUCAGACCUCCACCCGUUGAACACCGCGGACCCCAUUGAGCUGUCCAACGCCUGUCGGGCCUUCUACCAGACCCGCCUGCAGACGGCGCGCUCCUUGAAGGAGAAGUGGGGCACGGGGACUUACAUCAACACCAACAACAACCUCCGCCAUGGCCAGGGCGACGGCAGCGACACCGCGAGCAGAUCCAAGAAAAAAAGCUCCAUUGACGUUGCCAUAGAGACCUUGAAGAAAGAAAUGACGUCGCUGAUGGAGCAGGAUUUGUCACUGAUGAAGCAGCUGCUGACGUUGAACGAGGAGAUUGAGGAGCUCAAGUGGCGGAGGAAGUACUGCUGGUCUCGAAGCUCUGUGCUCACGUCAUCCGGUGACGUCGACCUCGGCAGCGCCACGGACUUCACCGAGUCGGAAACGUCACUCGGGUGGCGCGCGGAGAGCGGAGAGUUUCCCGGCAAGUACCCCGGGCCCUCCAGCCUCUCCCUGCAGCUGGAGGUGGGCAGGUUGUCUGUGUACGACGAGGAGGACCCCAUGGGAACGUUCAACCGCAAAUGUGUCCGCAAGGGCUCCGUGCGGAAGUCGGUGGCCUCCUCAGGUCAGAGUCGGCCACAACCGGUGCUAGAGGUGAAGAAAGGGGACUUUGGCGAGCGGGAAUCGUUCGAUUCCGGGAUUCACGAAGGUUUUACCGAGGGCUUAACGAACAUGGCAACGGAAGUGACGCAUCUGUAGUACCAGUUUUUUUACACGUUGGAUUGCAGCUGAUUUGUGCGUCACGAGAAUGCAACCCAGUCCCCUGGUGGAGGUGGGCAGGGUGGCGGCAUGUCAUUCGACUGACUGCAGUAGGGGUUACGAGUGUUCCAAUUCCCUGCUGCUUGUCGAAAAACGUUUUAAAACUUAUUAAAAAA